AUGGCUCGUUUGAUUUCAGUAUCAAAGGCUAUUGCUUUCUCUCGACCAAGCUUCAAGUACCAAGAAGUUUAUAGAAAACCCAAAGUUGGUCUUACUUUGCAUAGUGCUCCUAGGAUAACAAGCAGAGGGGAACAAUACUACCAGCCUGGAGACACUGUCAAUGGUGCGCUAGAUGUAUUGGUACUCACUGGCCGCUACUGUACUGGGUUCAAAGUCAAGCUCUCUAUCAAAGAGAAAAUCGAUCUGUCUAAACUAGGUAUACCAAACUGUACCAAAGAAAAGUGUUUGCUUUCACACACUCUAAGCCUAUAUCACGGUCCAAACGACAAAGAAUUAAAUAAAGGUCCAUUCUUGUUUAUGGAGCCUAAGCCAGGAAAGCUUUCUUUAUCGUUUUCAUUUGUUUUGCCAAAUGUCAACUAUCCUCCUUCGUUUAGUAUUGGUGUGAUAUCAUGUUCGAUGGUCAUCGAGGGUUGGUUUGAGGAAUUCGAUGAGCCAAAGAUCUACGGUCCCCCAAUCGAGCUCAAUUUUCUUCCGGCUACGCAAAUGAUGCUCAGCGACCGGACACCGACGGUCACUGACCUAGUCCUGCCUGAUCGGUCUACUCUAAAGAUGGCGUUCCUAAAGGUUUAUGAUCAUACCAAGUUGCCUCACUCGAUAAUUGUCCGCCUCGCCGACACCACAGACGGGUUUUACAAUUACUUGACACAGCAGAAACACGAGUUCCAUAUUUCGCUGAAACGAGUGGCUCUGAUUAAGUGGCGCAAAAAGGCCUAUAGGAUCGAGACGGUCGUAUGUAAGCAGAACUGCAGCCUCAGCCGAGUGCUUCAUGACGGACCCAGUUGGGAGGAGGUCAAGGCAGUCGAGGUGUCGCUCGAUAUACCACCCAACAGAGGGAUGAUGGCCUUGAAUUAUUCAAAGCUCUACACAAUCAAAUAUGAGCUUUGUUUGAAGAUAUCUGUGCCCUUUGGAUAUUUCUUUGUUUUUGAAAGGGAUCUGAUCAGUAUUCCAGUCGAGUUUGGCACACUCAAGGCCGAGCCAUCUGACCAAACUGGCCUUUUGAGUUAUGCGGACAAGAGAGUGACUCUUGGUAACCAGAUUAUGGAACCAGAUGAGAUCAAGCAAAUGUGUCUAUUCGCAGAAUCCUCGAAAAAAGGAGAGCCUGAGAACCUUCUGGGACUUCAAUAUUCAGUAUUAAGAUAG